CAACACCAUCCAAGCACCGCAGCAGCAUGUCUCUCCUUCAGCUCGUCGAGUUUGAACGCGAUGAAUACUGCCGCUUCGAAGACUACGGCCGCUACCACAAACACCUCACUCGGAAACUGCAUACCCUCAGAAAGGGCUCAACCACAAGCAAGACUAAGACUAAAGUAACAAGUGGCCCAGCAUGGCUACUCCCCGUGCUGAGUGCAGAACGUGUCUGGUCAGCUGCGAUGGAGACGAAAACAGCUGCAGGUCCACAUCAAGUGGUUCUUGCCAAAUUCCGCAAAGCCAUCAAGUUUGCCGCGACAACAACCACAGAGACGAACAAUGUCUCGGCCCUUGAGAAGCUGGAAAGGGCAGUGUAUGUGGAUUACCUGACUGCACUACUUCAACAAGAACGCAGUAACCUCGACUUGGCCAUUCACUUCUACGCACGCGCUCUUGUUGGCUUACAAGUCUACAAUACAGCCCAACAAAGGCAGAAGAACAAUGCAGCCGUUGCAUUGACAGAAGCAGUCGAGACAGGACUCCGAUAUGUCUUGUAUACCUCACAGACUGUUUCUGAACGUAGCCUCAAUCUGCAUGCGUUUGCCAUUGAGCAAGUCACGACCGCCGUAACGGAAGACGCACAAGCCGAUCAGACGUGGCGACAACUCAUCUUGUCUGUUGACUCGGAGGCAUUGACACCCACGGGCACCGCAACUUGUGGUGAUGGUACAAACGAUACAUCCGAUACGCUCGUCUCGCAAAUCAGUUGGGCUGGUAGAACGGCCACGUUGAAGCAGAGUCACUUGGCUGCCUCCAUCUCAACGGCCCUUUCUGGUCGUGCAACUGCGUCACGAAGUCGAGACUCAACGGAUGCACUGGAUACCGUGAUUGCAGCAUGGACAAGCACAUUAGAGACCCUACAACCUUUGCUAGAUGCAGAGGAAGAUCAGGAUGCAGCACAAGAUCUGGAACUCAUCAAGGCGUAUGCGCAAUUCGAGUCGGGCCAAGAUUACCUCGCACGAGACAAGCGACUCAUCACAACACUUCCUGCAAGGGAAGGCAUUCUUGUGCUCGAUCAAACGAUUGCACGGCUCACUCAAGCGGCAGGCUUGCCAGGAGUAUCCAAAGAACAAGCUUCACUUGUGUCUCUGCAACAAACGAGCGCAAAAGCAGAACGAUGCGUCUUGCUCAGCGACGUUCACGGUGUCUCCCUCGCUGGUAUCGCGCUUCUCAAUAAGGCAAUCACAUACUUGACAAACAACCGACAAGAUGGCAAUUCUGACCCACAUGUCACAAGCGAACAGCAAACACAAGGAAGCCGCCUCCAAGCGCUACAACAACGACUGCAUCGUCAUAUUGCAGAACACACACUCGCGUUAUCUGGUGAUGCUGCAACUGACUCGGGUACUGUAUUGGAUCCUGCGGCAUGGUACACGGGAACUGCUAAACAACUUGCCAAGACGGAUGCAAAAAGCUUGGUGGCCAAGUCUGCUGGUGCGAAACCCAUUGUUUUGGAUAUUGCAUGGAAUUACUUGUCUGGUGCUGUGGAAGCUGGCGAUGCAACUAUUCAGUCGACAACAGCAGUUCGAAAGGAGGAACCCAUGGAGGUGGAUGGCGCCGCUGCUGAGAGUGAGGAGCAAUCGACGCCUGGUAAAAGUGCAAAGAAGGGUCUCUUUGGAUCCAUCUUUGGACGCUAGCAUGUAGCAUAGCGUUGUAGUCAAGAAGCACAACAUACACAAGACGCAUUUCGCAGAGCAGACUCAUCAGUAUGUGAGUAGAGAAGAUCAGAUAACAUGCUAACUAAGAUUCAUUGAGAUACAAGUGUUUGCGUUCGCCGCAGCAGAA